AUGCUGGCCAUUUAUGAUAAUGUUGCCAUUGGCGCCAGCGAAGAAUCUUCACCGCUGGGACUAGAACCCCUUUUUUGUCUCUUCGCCUUUCACCGACAGUCGCAGAUCCAUACCUUAAGCCUAAAUCAGACAUCUGCGUGGCAACCAUUCGGAUGGGACCCGUUAGGACCAAAUGGCAGGAAAGACAAACAGGCAGACCGCUGUUCGCCAUGCGUAUUUUCGCAAGCUUUGGAUGAUGUGGAGCAGCAAAUUGUUGCUGAGGCAAUUGACGAAUCCCUUUCCGACGGUGAGCAUGGAACUCAACGGCAUUUUGAGUUGAAGGAUGUUCCCAUGUUUGUUUCCACGUGA